CGGUCAGCCUGCAGUCACACUGUUUUCCAGCCGCGCUGCUUGUGUUUUGUCGUUUCCCGUUACUAGAAGUUUAACAACAAAAAACUAUGACAAAAAAACACGGGCAUUCAGUAAACCGCCGGGAAAAAUAAUCGCGAGAUGAUUGAUUAAUAUCUGGAUAUAUUGGCCAACACUCGUCGAACCGGAAAACGAAAAAAAACCGUGAUAUCUGCUGCAGCUGCCCAAACGAUGCAACAAUGUGACAGGCAGCAGCAGCAGCAGCGGCAACAUCAACAUCUGCUAUUCAAGAGCCAGCAGCAGCAGCGAUACCAACAAACAACAAUUCUAUACAAUUUUUUGGCUUAAAAAUUAAAAAAAAUAUUCCGAAGCAAAUUUUUAAUUUAAAAAAAUCAGCCAUAAAAAUAACAGUUGGAAAACAAGUUAAAAAAAAACAAUAAUUUUAAAAAAUAUUUCUUUGCUUAGCAAAUACAUAAACCAAGCGGCUACGAAGCAGAGACCCUAACCACUGGGAACACACGAGAAACAACAAAAAGGUGCAAUAACAACAAAAAGAACAAAAAUAUACAAGCUUAGACACAAACCAAACUAUUUUAAAGCGAAUGCAAUAACCCAACUGAACCCAGAGAGAAAGAAAUUAAUUUUAUUAAAAAAAUCAAUAAUAAAAAAUUAAAAAAAAGAAAAUUUGAUUAAAAAAAAUAUAAAAUUUUCGUUACUAACUUUGCUGCUUAGCUAAGGCACGAACCCAGCUAUUACAACAACCACUGAACCCACUGGGCAACAAAAACGCUGGAACUUGAAGAUCAUUAGGAUUUUAUUUGGAGAGCGACAGACUGAAAGAGUGGCAGGAUCAGGAUCAGCAGCUGGAUCUGGAUCUGAAUCUGGACUGGGAUCAGGAUCAGAAUCAGGAUCGGUAUCGGUAUCGGGAACCGAGGAGAUGCCAAGCACUGCUGGUAGUGCCGCUGGAGUUGGAAUGGGCGCCUUAAUAAACAGUGCUGGUAGCAGUGCCGGCAGUGUGAUGGGAAUUGGCAGUCUGGGUGCCAGUUCGUCGGGUAAUCCCGGACCCGGAUCGGUUGGUCAGAGCGAUGCCUCCGGCGCAGCUGGCACCCUGAUAGCGCAGAGCACGGCGGGAACGAGUGCCGCCAGCAGCGGUACCAUCACCUGGGACAACAACGGCACCCUGCGCUCCAUCAAUCCCGGCGACUGGUCCAUCGAACAGUGCCUGGGCUGGCAGCAGCCGCAUCAACUAUAUUUCCAACUGGGCUGGGCCUUUCUCUUCCUGGCCUUUCUGGCGCCACACGGCCCCUUCGGCUCGUUGUGGAUGCGGGCCAUGCUCCUGAUCGGCUGCCUGAUGAUGGGAAUGCACGGCUAUCUGGUGGCCUGUACGCCGGACGUGGUGCUCUGGUCGGGCAUGGGAUUGUUUGUCAACUUCAUCUACCUGGUGGUGGUGCUGUGCCGGCUAAGGCCCGUGAGAUUCGAGCAGGAGAUUGAGGCGGUGUAUCUGGCACUGUUCCAGCCCCUGCACGUGACCCGGCAUCAAUUCAAGAAGGUACUAAACUGCAUGAAGGUGAUACGUGCCCUGAAAUACCAGGAGGUCUACGCCCAGGAGAAGGUCACCAAGGUCGAUAGCCUUUCUCUGGUGUUGAGCGGCAAAUUGGUGGUUUCACAACAUCAGCGAGCCCUGCAUAUUGUAUUUCCCCAUCAGUUCCUAGACUCGCCGGAAUGGUUUGGCGUCUCGACCGAUGAUUACUUUCAGGUCUCUAUCAUGGCCAUGGAAGAGUCACGAGUCCUCAUCUGGCAUCGUGACAAACUAAAAUUGUCAAUUAUGGCUGAGCCCUUUUUGCAGACCGUUUUUGAUCAUAUACUUGGCCGGGAUGUGGUCAAAAAAUUAAUGCAGGUUACACAGGUGAGCGAAUCGAUAGCCAGCAAUGGCUUUUUGCCCUCGGGUGGUUAUGCGGAGGAUGCCGAGGAUAAGCCCAUGCUGAUCCUGAAAAAGAGUGUGGACGUGGGCCAUGGACUGACGGCCCUAAUCAACCGGCAGUUGCAGGAAGAGCAUGUUCCUUUACUUGGUCGCACGUAUAAACAACAACAACAACAACAACUACUACUGCAACAACUUCAACAAGUACAACAACAAAAACAACAACAACAACUACAGUCAACAACAACAACAGCUACAUCAGCAACAACAACAACAAGAGACAACAACAUCGAGCAAAGUGCAAUUUGAAAAAAAUCUUACAAUGCCUGCAGCUGCUCAACUUGCCACAAAAAAAAAAUGAGAAAUCUAAAAAAAAAAAAAAAUAUUCAACAAAAUCCAACCACACUCCUGCACCCUUUUCAAUCAACCAAUCAUCAAUCAACGAACAUCAGUCAACGAUCAUCAAUCAAAGAUCAUCAUAGUUCUCAUCCAUCAUUCAUCGCACAUCCCAACGCAUCCAUCGCAUCUUGAGCAUUUUAAAAACUUAAAACUCACCUAGCAUAGAAACCUAUCACUUAAAAAAAAAACAAAAAACUCACUCUAAAAACUAAACAAACAUUUCAAACAUCGAAUUCUUCUAAAUAGCUAACUUUGUAUAACCCAGAAAGCUAAACAGAAAAAAAACCUGAGACAGUAAUCCAAACAAAAACCCAGAGACUUGAUUUUUUAUGUAAACUUUUUUAUAAUUUUGUUUUUGUAAAAAUCACUUAUCACUCGCAAAAAAAAAUUAAGGAAAAAUUGAGUAAAGUAAAUUUUCCACCACUGCGGAAAUGUACGCAAAAAAAAAUUGGAUUCGAUAAGUGUUAUAGAUCAAAACCAGUUAUUGGAAGCUUUGUAAUUUAUGUGCGAGGUAAACAUUAUACCAUUAUUAUUGAAUUAUCAUUGGGGUUUCGUGAAGUUGUUCACCGACCAGUCACACUCUCAUAUGAUUGCUCAUGAAUUAGUUACAGUCAAGUGGAAUUGAAUUUAAUUCUGGCAGUUAGCCAAGGUUUGGGAUUUGAAAUUAAUUGAUUCGGAGUCGGAUUUGAUGUGGAAUUUUGCUAAUAUAUUACGAAAUUUGAUUACAAACAUGAAGUUAUUUUAUAUAUUUGACAUUAAGUUGGCUUAGAUUGAUUAAUUGUUAAUCAUCUAUACAUUUUGUUCAACAAAUGAAUAAUUUUAUAGAUUUACGAUGUAGAGUGACAAGUAUCAUUUAAUUUUUGUUCGAAUUUGAAUUUUAUUCCAUGGAAAUUUACUGUGCUGGCACAUCACAAAACCUAGAAAGGCAAUCCGAAAUAUAUAUUAUUCAUUAACACAUUAAUAUCUUAUUUAUGCAUAUGUUACCUUCUACUUCAACUUUUCUUCUUUUUUUUUUUUUUUUGUUUGUUGUGUGUGUUUUGAUUUGCU